AUGAGGGUCGGACAAGGAGGCAGGGUACCGCCUAGGGUACGGCCACGCCAUCGGCACGACGUCGAGGCGUCGCACACGCCACGAGCACCACCCCGGAGCGAGCUCCUGAGCGGGCAGAUCGCACGACGAGCAGCUCAGCAGGCCGGCCUCGACGGCCAGACGGACCGACUGCCUACAGCAGCUGAGCUCUACAUCUCGCAUCUACCUGGAUUGCGUCAGUCUGCGCGCACGCCCGCCGCUGUAAGAAGCCACUCGUGUGGAGAGCUGACCCGGCCCGACGGUCUUCACCCGUCCAGCCUCGGACGACACGACGACCUUGUUCGGUGGCACCUUACCUGCCACCGCUGCAGCAUCGGCAACCUCGACCGACCACUCGGACGCGCACCUCUACUUUCUCAUGGCCCGACCGAGGCAUAUCCCCAAUCGGCAUCGCCUCAUCAUCUGGCUCAACGGUGGGCCAGGCUGUAGUUCACUCGAUGGGGCGUGAGUCCCGCGCGCGAGAAUUCUGAGAAGCGACGAGUCCUCAAUCAUUGGCGUGUUCCGCUGCAGCUUCGUCGAAAACGGACCUUUCCGAGUCAACAAGGACGGAAAGACGUUGAGAGGGGUCGUGUCGAGUUGGAACGAAUACGCGACCGUCAUCUUUCGUCAGUUUGCCUCGUUCAUCUCACAAGCGGGGAACUUGCUCGCUCCACCCAAAUCAUCCCACCAGGCGGCUGACACUUUUCACAUCCUCGCAGUCGACCAACCAGCCGGCACCGGUUUCUCGUACGCCACCUCGGACUUUGUCACCGAACUCGACACCGCCGCGGACCAAGUCGUCGAAUUCCUCAUCAACCUCUACUCGAUCUUCCCCGAACUGUCGACCAUGGACACCUACCUCGCCGGCGAAUCCUACGCGGGUCAAUACAUUCCUUAUAUCGCUUCGGCGAUCCUCGAAACGGCGAGGAUCAAGAUACCGCUCAAGGGACUCGUCAUGGGUAAUGGGUGGUACUCACCCAAGGAUCAAUAUCCCGCUUAUCUCGAUUAUCUGGUCCAACGCAAAUUGGUGACGAAAGGGAGUGCGACGUACAAGACUAUUCAAAAGACGACGGAGGAAUGUUUGAAAACUUUGCACGAGAUGGAGGUCAACGAUCCGCAGAUGAAGGGAUCGACCGUCGUCGGCACAUGCGAACAGAUCUUGAAUGCCGUAGCAGAGGGGACCAAGAAGGGGUGAGUACGAGCAGAUUGACAUGGGAGACUCUGCUGAGCUCUCAUUUGCUUCCUCUGCAGUGACCUUUGUCUCAACCAGUCAGUCUCGCACUAUCAACUCUUGAACCCUGGCAAACUGGCUAAUGACAUGCCCCCCACCAGGUACGACACGUCGUCCUACAACAGAUGCGAAGAAGAAUGGCCACCCGAGGCCACCCAACUGCAACGCUACUUACGAGUUGAGUUUGAACAAGACAAGAUCUUCCCUUGA